GGCGCGCAGGCGCAUCUGCCCCUUUCCUCAGCUGCCGGUAAGGUGCUCUGUCCUUCCGAGGAAGCUAAGGCCGCGUUGGGGUGAGGCCCUCACUUCAUCCGGCGACUAGCACCGCGCCCGGCAGCGCUUGUCCAGCACCGCCUGCACCAUGGCCUCCGUCUCAGAGCUCGCCUGCAUCUAUUCGGCCCUCAUCCUGCACGACGAUGAGGUGACGGUCACGGAGGAUAAAAUCAAUGCCCUCAUUAAAGCAGCGGGUGUAAAUGUUGAACCUUUCUGGCCAGGUUUGUUUGCAAAGGCUCUGGCCAAUGUCAACAUUGGAAGCCUCAUCUGCAAUGUAGGGGCUGGUGGACCUGCUCCAGCAGCUGGUGCUGCACCAGCAGGAGGUCCUGCCCCUUCCACUGCUGCUGCCCCAGCUGAGGAGAAGAAAGUGGAAGCAAAGAAAGAAGAAUCUGAGGAGUCCGAUGAUGACAUGGGCUUUGGUCUUUUUGACUAAGCUUCUUUUGUAAUAUGUUCAAUAAAAAGCUGAACUCUG